AUCUCCUCCGCCGGAAGCCCCGCCCCGCUUCGCCGCCGCCCCCGUUCCUCUCCGGGUUAAAUGGAGAGUUCUAACAGAGCUUCAAGCUUUGGUAAUUCUGCUUACGCGAGUGGAAACAUAUCAUCUCCUUCCCCAUUCCUUUCUGAUUCAUCAUCAUCAUACCCCCACUCUCUUCCCAUUGCUUCAAAAGGGAAGCAGAAGAUGGACGAAGGAGUAAGCCACCAUCAGCGCUGUUUGUCUGAAAGCAUUCUUAUGGAUUUAGAAGAGCCUUUCUGGCUCGAGGAUCUUCUCAGUGAACCAGUGACAGCAGUGCAUAAAGGUCACCGGCAUUCCGCAAGUGACACCUUUGCAUACUUAGGUGCGGUUGCAGAGGAAUUGAAUGUGAAUGUGGGACCCAAUGUAAAGGGGUCAACCCGAUUUUCAAGUGAUACAUCUCUGAUAACUUCAGGCGAAAUGAUUCACAAGGCUUCAGAUGAACCUACUUCUGAGAGGGCAUCAAUAUCAAGCGAGAAGCAUAAAAAUGAGGGAUGCACUUCACAGAACACUGAGAAGUCACCUGAAAAAACAAACAGCCAGCAACCGAAGCCUUAUAUGUCAAAAGGGGAGGCAAAACGGGCUAAACAGCAAUCUGCACAUCGGUCAAGGAUCCGAAAAUUACAGCACAUUUCUGAACUUGAAAGGACAGUCCAAGCAUUGCAGGUCGAAGAAUCUGUGGUUUCAGCUGAGCUUGAGUUUAUUGAUAAACAAAACCUCAUAUUGAGCAUGGAAAAUAGAGCUCUCAUGCAUAGGCUGGACAGCUUAUCACAAGAGUUUGUCAUUAAACACAUGGAACAAGAAAUGCUAGAGCGCGAACUUGGAAGGCUACAAACUCUUUAUCAGCUACAAUGGCACCACCACCACCAACCACCACCACCACCACCACCACCACAUCAGCACCACCGGCGUAGCAGAAGUCGGGAUCUUCUUGAAGCCCAAUUUUCCAACCUCUCCCUGAAUAGCAAUGGAGUUGCCUCUAGCAGGACCGGUCCAUUCACUCGUUCGGUUUGGAUCCAAUAACACCCCUUUUCACCAGGUGGUGCGGGAAGGGAACCCUG